GAAAAUCUCUCUCUCUCUCUCUCUCUCUCUUGUUCUGUCUGCUCACUCUUGCUUCUGCGGCUUUUCUUCUCUUUCUCCCACGCUUCAUCGCACCUCAACCAUCUUGAAUAACACUCCAGAGCGUAACCUACUGAACAGACUCCAUGAAGCUAUUUCGUUAAGGAUAAUGACCCGUUUCCGGCAAAAUCCGGAAAAAGACGAAGAUCCCAAAGGCACCAGUAGCGGUAGCGGUAGCGGUGGGAGUGGUGGAGGUGGAGGAACGGCCAUGAGAAUAAUAGUACCUUUGCAGGGGGUAGUUCAAGGUAGGGGUGGUCUUGUUUUAGGGUCAGUCAUACCUUGUGCCCUCUUUUACUUCUUGCAGCUUUACCUUCGGAGGAAUCGUUCCAAGUCUCCUCCAUCAUCGUCCCCUCCUUCGCCUUCUCAGUCAUCGGGACAGCUUGUUGAGCCUUCUGGAUUACCAAGGUCUUCAUCUAGUCUCUUCUCAAGGUUAUCGACUGCCCCGGCUCAUAUAUCUUCUCGAGCUAAUUCGAUUGCGAAAUCUGCUGAUGUUCCCUACUAUAUUGGGCUCAAGAAGGUUACCGAGGAUCCAUAUGACGCUUUAAAUAAUCCGGAUGGUAUUAUUCAACUUGGAUUGGCAGAGAAUCAGUUGUCGUUGGAUUUGGUUCGAGAUUGGCUGGCUGAGAAUGUGAAGGAUUCAAUAAUUGGCUCUGGGGGAGGUGGGGAUUUGAGUAUACGCGGGAUUGCCACUUAUCAGCCAUUUGAUGGAUUGAUGGAGUUCAAAGUGGCUGUGGCUGGAUUCAUGUCCCAAGUCAUGGAAGGAUCAGUUUCAUUUAACCCAUCACAGAUUAUAUUAACAUCUGGUGCAACUCCUGCGCUCGAGAUACUCAGCUUCUGCCUUGCUGAUGCUGGAAAUGCAUUUCUUGUUCCCUCGCCUUAUUACCCAGGGUUUGACAGAGAUAUAAAGUUUCGAACUGGGGUGGAGCUGAUACCUGUUCCUUGUCGCAGCACUGAUAACUUUAGUUUGAGUAUCACUGCUCUUGACCGUGCAUUCAACCAGGCAAGGAAAAGGGGGUUAAAAGUCCGUGGGGUUCUUAUUUCAAAUCCCUCAAAUCCUGUUGGCAAUCUGAUGAGUUGGGAAACCCUGCAUAGCCUUCUGGACUUUGCUAGAGAAAAGAACAUCCACAUCAUCUCCGAUGAAAUAUUUGCGGGUUCCACCCAUGGAGAUCAAGAGUUUGUGAGCAUAGCCAAGGUUCUUGAUUCAGAAGACUUUGACAGGAGCAGGAUUCAUAUAAUAUAUGGGCUCUCCAAAGAUCUCUCCCUUCCCGGAUUUAGGGUUGGGGUUAUUUAUUCCUUCAAUGAGAAUGUUAUUGCUGCAGCUAAAAAGUUGGCAAGGUUCUCUUCCGUUUCAGCUCCCACCCAACAACUAUUGAUCUCAAUGCUUUCAGACGCAAGAUUCAUCAAGGAAUAUAUUGAGACCAAUAGGAAGAGGAUUCGGAGAAUGUACUUGGCAUUUGUGGUAGGGCUGAAGCAAUUGGGCAUCGAGUGCAUGCCAAGCAGUGGGGGUUUCUACUGCUGGGCAAAUAUGAGUGGGUUAAUCCGAUCUUACAGUGAGAAAGGGGAGCUUGAGCUAUGGGAUAAAUUUUUGAACAUAGCUAAGAUCAAUGUAACUCCUGGAUCAUCUUGUCACUGUAUUGAACCUGGAUGGUUCCGCUGUUGUUUUACUACAUUAUCCGAGAAUGAUAUUCCUGUAGUCAUGGAACGGAUUCGUAGAGUCUCUGAAACCUGUAAAUCAUAGUUUGAAUGAUUUUAUUUAAAUGU